UUUUCAAAGAAUCAGCAUUUCAGCAUCACUCAUCACUCUUUUAGACUCAUUAUCACAGAAAAUAACACGAAUGACAAAGAUAGCAUGGAGAUAUUUGCAGAGAAAGACGAAACAAUUUGCCCCAAAUGACAAAUCUUAACAGACUUACCAUGAAAAUCCCAAUUCUUCAUCAAAAUCUACGCAGUUUUCCCACUUUACACCAUCAUUCUUCGCCUGCUCAACUGAAUUUUCUGCUUCGACCGCCAUAACCAAAAGCUUCAUCCUCAAAUGUCUUCACUAUAUAACCCCUUUGCUCUUUCUUCUAAUCUUCAUAACCAUAAUCUUCGAUUAGUACCCUUUAAUUUUCGUUUGAAUAAGAAAUUACCAUCCUUUUCAGAUUCCAUUUUCAUUGGGUCUAAUUCUGGAAUCUUCCAUUCUUCAUCAAAGAAAGGUUUUUCUUGCUUUUGUUGCUCUAUGGCUGUUGAAGUUGAUUCUGUUUCUCAGAUUGAAUUGCAAGGGACUUUAAAUAGCUCUAGAGCAUAUUGGCCGAGCAAGUAUAUCCUUGCCUGGAAUGUUGAUGUUGGAAAUGGUUCAUACUACUUGUUUGCAAGUAAAACUGCUGCACUAAGGGUUACGAAUGAUGGGAUAGAAGGCUAUGAUGUGAAGAUAAAGCUUGACAAGGACAAUGGGGGAUUACCAACACAUGUUACUGAAAAAUUUCCUCAUAUUAGAGGUUACUCAGCCUUCAGAGCUCCUGCCACCCUGGAUGUUGAAAGUCUGCUGAAGUGUCAACUAGCAGUUGCUGCUUUCAGUGGUGAUGGGGCUUUCAGAAAUGCUACUGGUUUGCAACUACCUGGCGUUAUCGAUGAGUUAUAUUCAUAUGAUGGUCCUCUAGGUGCUGUUUUCUCAGAGGACUCCAUAUCAUUAAACUUAUGGGCUCCUACUGCUCAGGCUGUGAAUACCAGCAUAUAUAGGGACCCAUUAGGUGGUGAACCGUUACAAACUGUUCAGCUAAAUGAAUCAAGUGGUGUUUGGAGUGUUGUUGGACCAAGAAGCUGGGAAGGGUGUUACUAUGUGUAUGAAGUCACUGUCUACCAUCAUACCACCUUGAGAAUUGAAAAAUGCUUUGCUAUUGAUCCAUAUGCCAGAGGGGUUUCAGCAGAUGUAAAGCGAACAUUAUUGGCUGAUAUAAAGUCUGAAUCUCUAAAGCCUGAAGGAUGGGAUAAUCUGGCUGAUGAAAAGCCUCAUCUUCUUUCUCCUUCUGACAUCAGUAUCUAUGAGCUGCAUAUAAGAGAUUUCAGUGCUUACGACCUCACUGUGAACCCUGACCUUCGUGGUGGAUACCUUGCUUUCACAUCACAGGACUCAGCUGGUGUUAAUCAUUUGAAGAAGUUAUCAGCUGCUGGUCUUACUCACGUGCAUCUGCUGCCAAGCUUCCAGUUUGCUGAAGUUGAUGAUGACAAAAAGAAGUGGAAAUUUGUUGAUACUAAGAUGUUAGAAACACUACCACCUGAUUCAGAAGAGCAACAAGCUCAAAUAACUGCCAUCCGUGAUGAGGAUGGGUAUAACUGGGGAUAUAAUCCUGUUUUAUGGGGGACACCUAAGGGAAGCUAUGCAACUGAUCCUAAUGGCCCAUCCCGUAUAAUUGAGUUCAGAAAGAUGGUCCAGGCAUUAAAUCAUAUUGGGCUUCGUGUAGUGUUGGAUGUUGUUUAUAACCAUUUAAAUAGCAGUGGGCCAUCCGAUGUAAACUCUGUUCUUGACAAGAUUGUUCCGGGUUACUACUUAAGAAGGGAUGCUGAUGGUGCUAUUGAGAAUAGCACAUGCAUAAAUGACACAGCUAGUGAGCAUUACAUGGUUGAACGUCUGAUUUUGGAUGAUUUAAAACAUUGGGCCAUCAAUUAUAAGGUUGAUGGUUUCAGAUUUGAUCUCAUGGGCCACAUCAUGAAACAUACAAUGGUGAAAGCAACAAGUAUGCUCCAAGGCCUUUCAAGAACCCAAGAUGGUGUAGAAGGUUCAAGCAUUUAUAUAUAUGGUGAAGGAUGGGACUUUGGUGAGGUUGCAAAUAAUGCACGUGGAGUAAAUGCAUCUCAAAUGAAUCUUGGUGGCACAGGAAUUGGAAGUUUCAAUGAUCGAAUUCGAGAUGCAGUGCUUGGCGGGGGCCCUUUUGGCCCCCUUCUUCAGCAAGGUUACGUGACUGGCUUAUCUUUACAGCCUAAUGAUAAUGACCAUGGUGGCAAAGCUAAUGCAGAUCGUAUGCUCGCUGUGGCAAAAGAUCACAUACAGGUUGGGUUGGCAGCAAACUUGAGAGACUUCAUGCUGACUAACUGUGAUGGCAGACAGGUAAAAGGCUCUGAAGUUUAUACCUAUGGUGGAUCACCGGUUGGGUAUGCUUUGCAGCCUAUAGAAACUAUCAACUAUGUCUCAGCUCAUGAUAAUGAAACUCUUUUCGAUAUUGUCAGUUUGAAGACUGCUACCUAUACUUCGCUGGACGAGAGAUGUAGGGUAAAUCAUCUAGCUACGAGUAUCAUAGCACUUACCCAGGGAAUACCUUUUUUCCAUGCUGGUGAUGAGUUGCUACGUUCAAAGUCCCUUGACCGUGAUUCUUACAACUCUGGUGAUUGGUUUAACAGAUUGGACUUCAGCUAUACUACCAACAACUGGGGCGUUGGUCUUCCUCCCAAGGAUCAGAAUCAGAACAAUUGGCCUAUAAUCAAGCAAAGACUGGAAAAUCCAUCAUACAAGCCCGACAAGAGUCACAUUAUUGCUGCUGUUGAAAAUUUCACCAACUUAUUGCAAAUUAGAUACUCUUCCCCACUUUUCCGUUUAAGAAGUGCUAAGGAUAUUGAGGAUCGAGUACGCUUCCACAAUAAUGUCCCUUCUUGGAUUCCUGGGCUUAUAGCUAUGAGCAUUGAAGAUGGUCAUGCGGGUGCCUCUGGCUUGUCGCAAAUAGAUCCCAAGUUCCAAUAUAUUGUUGUCAUGAUCAAUGUUCAGCCUACUGAAACCAAAUUUACUAACCCAGAUCUUCGAGCUAAAUCUCUACAGCUACAUCCAGUACUGUCAAUGUCAGGGGACACGAUCGUUAAGGAGUCAAAGUAUGAGCCUUCUACUGGAUCCUUUACUGUACCUCCUAAGACGACUGCUGUUUUUGUUGAACCACGACAUGUUUAAGAUGAACUUGGAAGUUGAGGUCCAAGAUGGCGACUGCAUAGGGGUGUCACGAAGUGGAGUUUCUAUCUGCACACCUGCAACCUUUAACACAAAUAACAAUGGCUGCUGCUACUGAGGCCUCAUAGUAUUUAUAGCUCCGGCACAAUGCCACAAAUAAAAACUGUCUUUAUCUAUCUCCAAAAGUAAUUUAAAGGUUUUGUAAGUCAGUUUCAGUUCAUAGUUCAUCUCAAAUUUCCUAUAAGACCUGCCUAAAUCUUACAUCGUAUUGUUGUAGUAGAAAUUUUGUUACGCAGAAAUAAAAUAAUGUGGCAGAAUAAAAAUGUGCUGUUUUUCUGGUAUUGCUGGUCAUUCAAUGCUCGUGCCUUGAAUACGUGCUUUUCAUUUUCUUGAACUCGUAACGAGGAGAACUUCUAACAAAUGUUGAAUGAGAUCAUUCUUUCUUGCUGGAGUUGCUGAUCUAGUUCCAAUAAAAAAAAAAAAAAAAAAAAAA